AUGGAGGUUUUGCAGCAUCAUCGUGCAUUCCUCUUUAGUGCUACAAGGGAGGUUAGUGCGUUGUCUCAACUUGCGAUAGACGAAGAUGUGCCAUCAAUUCAAGCUGCGAAUUUCCCGGUUUUAUUGCAAUCGAACACAGAUACGAACUUCAAUGAUAUAACAGCAUUUAAAUCUUCAUUCGCACGUUCAGCUGAGGAUGCAAGAGUAUACGCACACCUCAAUUCACUUCUUGAGCAAGGGCAAGAAUACGCAAUUAUGCUGUACACUUGGAGGUCAAUAUCCAGAGCACUUCCAUUUAUUCGCUCGAGUGAUCAGCCAAACAGAAUCAAGAUAUAUGAAAAAACAAAAGAAAUACUUGAACCUCACUGUGUUAAACUUAAACAGUUCAUGUUCUUCCAGGAUGCGGCCAUACGAAGAUUUGUGGAAGAAGUAAAAAGAUUAGCCCACAAAGAUCAGAAGAGCUUUUUUGUGAACCAGGCAUAUCUUGUUACGCUUGGGAAGAUGAUUAGGAUGUUCGCUCUUUUGGAUGAAAUGAAGAAUAUGAAAGCUAGCAUGAAAAAUGAUUAUUCGAACUACAAAAGAGCUGCUCAGUUUCUUCAGGUUCAUGAUCCUGAUGCUCAGGAUGUAAGCAUCUUCCUGGCCAAGCAAAAAAUCAUCCGUGAUACUCUGAAAGAAAGCUUGAUUGCAGUAGAUGGUUAUGAAGACCUUUUGGUAGAAAUUAUUCACAACAGCGCUCAUAUGUAUGAAAACAAGGUCUAUGUUCUUCCUGAAGAGAAGCAUACACAUGUUAUAGUUAUAGCUUUUUCUCUUUAUCUCCUUGACUCUGCUCGUACGGUCGAUGGUAAACAGAUGGGUGUUUGCCUAAAUAAGAUUGCAAAGCGUCUAAAUAUAAGCAAGUUGGACCGCAUUUUAAAGGAGUGCGAAGUGGUGAAUUUAUUCGGGGAUAUGAGUGUAGAACCGUUUUCAUACGUACGUCAGACACCAUCAUUCGAUCCAUCCAAGUGGCCAGAGUGCCAAAGUACGAAAGUUUCUAGUCAAGGGGCAAUUCUAAUGCAUAUGGCCAGAUUUCAGGAGGAGUAUACAUCACUGACAUCAGACUUGGCUUGGCAUACGAAUAUAACGUCAAUUCGAUUGAAUGAACGUUCUGCUAAAGAAAAUCAAGAGCUAUAUGAUCUCGCACUUCGAGGUCUUCAGUAUUUAUCAGGAUGGUCUGUACAAGUGUUAGACACGUUUACAUGGAAGCUUGCCCAUUGUGCUAGUGGAUUCACAAAUCAUGAAUGUCCAAAAGAUGCUGAAAAUUACGAAAAAGCCACUCGUUAUAAUUAUAAUUCAGAAGAAAGAUUUGCUAUGGUUGAAAUAGUCAGUAUGAUUAAAUCUGUCCAAACACAACUUUUACGCCUUGAGGCUUGUUAUUCAGAGGCUAUUGGACGUUCUGUUUAUCGUGAAUUACAGGCAGUUGUUGUUGGUCAGUUGAGUGGACCAUUACUUAAAGCACAAAAAAAGAAAGAACGGAUUAUGCUGACACGCCUGAUACAUGCAAUCCAAGCAACAUGUGCUGAUCAGCUGUCGGAUGCGAUGGACUCAGAAGUGAUGCAUUCUAGCAGUGGCAGUACUACAACAGGAUCAAAAUCAUGGGGUAAAGCUGCUUCUUCAAAACUAUCCAGUUCGAACAACAAUAACAGUAUGACAACAGGAGCGAAUUCCACAUUGGCAGCUGUUGCUGCUUCAUUGGCAAACGAUAGUCCAACAGGAUCUGUUAGCACAAGCAGUAUAUUUGAUUCGAAUAAACGUCGAGUUGGUCCAUCUUCUAGUCAGUUAUAUUUAGUACGAACUAUGCUAGAAUUGAUGGUUGAACAAGUUUCAUCAAGUAAACAAAUGAUGCGAAAGGAGUUGGACUCGUCAACAUUAUCAGCCAUAGAUACUUUUCUAAAGCAUAGUUUCUAUUGGCCAUAUCUUUUGAACUUUAGCGAAACUCUGAUCAAAUGCUGUGACCUAUCUCAGUUAUGGUAUCGUGAAUUCUUCUUAGAAAUGACCAAUGGUGCUUGUAUACAAUUUCCCAUUGAAAUGAGUCUGCCAUGGAUAUUCACAGAUCAUAUAUUAGAGACAGAACAUCCUGGGUACAUGGAAUAUCUUCUGUAUAUGCUUGAUCUUUACAACGAUGCUGCUGAGUGUGCAUUAAAUCGAUUUCGUCGAAGAUUCCUCUAUGAAGAAAUAGAAGCUGAAGCAAAUUUAGUCUUUGAUCAGUUAGUCUAUAAACUGGGUGAUAAAGUAUUCAGACAUUAUAAGCGUUAUGCCGCAUCAAUUCUACUAGAUAAACGUUUUAGAGCUGAGGCUCAACGUACGGCUUCAUGGCGUGAACCGUACCCACCGCCGAAUCGUUAUACUGCAGCUCUACUACGACAGAAAAAUAUUCAAUUACUUGGUCGUUCUAUAGAUCUUAAUCGGUUGAUAUGUCAGCGAAUGAACACGGCGAUAUACAAAUCAAUUGAAGUUGCUAUUUCACGUUUUCACAGUUCAGAUAUAACUGGGAUAAUCGAAUUGGAAGCAGUUAUUGAAUGUAAUCGCCUGUGUCACAGAAUGCUUAAAGAACACCUAGAUUUGGAUGAUUUCGAUGCAUUACUCCGUGAAGCAGAUAAUUUAGUGACAUCACGAUUGGGGAAAAUUACUGUUCAUGUCUUUUGGGAGUUAACAUAUGAUCUAGUUAAAAAUUAUUGUUAUAACGAUGCUACAAACAGAUUUGUGCCUACAAACUUUACAUUGACUGAAGUGUUAGAACGUGAGAAACCGCCAACCGUUGAAGCUCAAUAUAUCUGGGGCAGUCGAUCAUUGAAUACAUGCUUUGAAACAAUAUUUAAAUUAUAUCGAGGCUUUGUUGGUGCACCGCAUUUCUCUGCUAUAUGUCGUCUAUUGGGUUAUCGAGGUUUGUAUGUUGUCAUUGCAGAAGUGAUGAAAGUUGCUCAGUCUCUGCUUAAUCAGACGUUACGGGAUUAUGUUUGCCGGUUAGUGCGUUUGUUGCCUCAGUCGCUAACAUUACCUUCAGAAAAAUCUGAAUCAGAUGCUGUCUUCUCAGCUUUGUACACCCAACUGCAGCAAAUCUAUAAAUAUACUGAUUUAAGGACAAAUGUAUUCCAAAAUUUUCGAGAACUUGGUAACAUUCUUAUUUGCUGCUUACAGUUGGAGAAGAAUUUAUCAAUUGAAGAUUCAUGUGAUCUACGACAUGCAGGCCCUUUUAUCGGACAAAUGCCAAGACAAUUCUUUCCUCCUCUUCCAUCUCAUGAUGAAGGAACCAAAGGUAAAUCAAUUAAUGAAUUAAGACAAACAGAGUCAAUGAAUAUUGUGUUGGUUGUAUCACGCAUCGGUACUGAAGAUCAAUUGGCAUUGGCUAAAGAAAAUGAAAUAUUAACUAAGGAACGUCUCUGUUCUGGUCUGACAUUGUUUGAAUUCGUGUUGAACAAAAUCAAGAGUUUUUUGCUUGAAGAGGAUUCAGAUGGAAACACCUGGCAUCGUUUAUCAAAUCUUAAACGGGAUUCAACGUGUAACAGUGGAAGUAAUCAGCAUAAUAACAGUGAUAUACUGGGUUUGGAAAGUUGUGCACAUUUUCACCGUUUAUGGUCUGUUAUCCAAUUAGUAUUUUGUACACCAUUUGGACAGAAUGAAUAUACAGUUGAAGAGAUGUUCGGUGAAGGACUCAAUUGGGCUGGAUGUGCUAUCAUCUUACUGUUAGGUCAACAACGUCGUUUUGAAGCGCUUGAUUUUGGUAGUCUCAUUUUACGACUACAACGAAUCGAUAAGAAAGAUGCUACACCAAUGGGAGUUUCUUUGGAACGAAUGGCUGCUCGUCUAAGUCGUUUUUCAGUCCUCAAUCGCCAAAUAUUCUCUACACUAAGUAUCUAUCUUCAUCCUGUUGACCGAGUGGAUGAAACAAGUGUUCGUGUUCGACAAUUCCCCAUACCUACAUGGUCGAAAUCUUAA